AUUUGAGCAAAUCCAAAUCGGAAAAGACACAUUGUUGUCGCGUGUCUCAAAUUCUUAUCCAUUUUCCGUUUCGUUUCAACACUAGAACCACUUUAACAAACCCAAAGAGAAGAAAAAAAAAAAAAAACACGACCAUCUUCAAUUGAAUCUUCUUCAAAAAAUGCUUCUUCAAACAAGAAACUUCACAGCACCAUCAUGUUUUACACCAACAACAAAAACCAACACUAAAAUCUCAACACACCCAUCAAAUUCAAUCUCAUUUCGUAACACAAAAUGUUCUGUCACUGUUUCAACCCAAUUAGAACAAUCAAAAACCGAAAACAAAAUCAAGAAACCGUUUCCAGCUGAAGUAUCAAGAACAAUUAUGGAUUUAGCUAGGACUGGAACACUUUCAACGUUAACCCAACAGGGUUAUCCUCUUGGUGUUGGUGUUCGAUUUGUUGUUGAUUCUCAAGAUGGAAACCCUUUUUUCUAUUUCAAUCAUAAUGCUAUUCCCACCACUAAUAAUAACAUUGACACCCCCUCUUCACUUCAUGUCAAGUUUUUGCAGUCUGGAUUGAGGACUCCUCAGUGUACACUUCAAGGAACGCUUACUAACCCGCAGGAUCCGGCUUUGAUCAAGCGGCUUGUUUCUUUGUGGAAGAAGAGGUUUGGAGAAGAAGUUAAUCAAGAUUUUAUGUAUUUUAUUGCCGUAGAUAGGGUGCUGCACUUGGAUGACUUCCAGGAGGACGGUGUGUGGUUCACCUCUUUAGACUACAAAAAUGCUCAACCUGACCCCCUUCGGGAGUUUGCUGAGAAUUUAGUCGCUGAAAUUAACACCAAUAAUAUGGAAGACAUUACCCGCUUUUGUAAUGUCUAUGUUGAUUUGGAUUUCCAGGUCACAGAAGCAAAGGUGAUAUGGGUAGAUCGUUUGGGCUUAGAUAUGCGUUUGUUUUCUCCUAACAACGGUUUAUUUGAGGUUCGCAUUCCUUUCCCUAGAGAAGUCACAGAUGAAAAAGGUGCCAAGUCAACAUUUAACUGUAUGUCACAAUUGGCUUGGGAGGUAGAAAGAAACUUCCAUCCUCUGGAUUUUGAGAAGGUUACAGAAUUGAAACACAUAAAGUCAUGAUACUGUUGAGUUAUAAUUUUUUUGCACAACCGCAUACCAAUUUCAUCAAAUAUGCAAGAUGAAACUUUGUUAUUUUUCAAGAAUAUGACCAUUUUUAUUGUGUUUGUAUUCUGUGAUGAUUCAUUUGAGGCUUGAUGUAGAGAUCGCUUUAAAGACUAAGCUUGUUUUGCAAGGUAAUUUUUGGUUUUUGUCUA